AUGCUGGUCGAUAUUUCCGUCUAUGACCACACCGACAAGGGAGAAGAUUUUUUGGGUCAAGUCGAUUUCCAGGCCAACAGAGAUUCCAGCAGCCCGGUACGUGGCUGGUUCCAGCUCAAGGGCCAUGCCGACACGAUGGCGGAGAACGCUCCUACAGGAGAGAUUUACGUGGAAGCCGUCUACCAGCGAACGGAGAGAAAGCACUUUGGUCCGGAAGACUUCCAGAUUCUUAAGUUGAUCGGCAAAGGUACCUUUGGACAAGUUUACCAGGUCCGGAAGAAGGAUACCGAACGUAUCUACGCCAUGAAGGUCUUGUCCAAGAAGGUCAUCGUUCAGAAGAAGGAAGUCGCUCAUACCGUUGGUGAGCGCAAUAUCCUGGUCCGGACAGCCAUGUCCGACUCGCCCUUCAUCGUGGGCCUCAAGUUCUCCUUCCAGACACCAUCAGACCUCUACUUGGUUACUGAUUACAUGUCUGGCGGUGAGCUAUUCUGGCAUCUCCAGAAAGAAGGACGGUUCGAUGAGCGUAGAGCCAAGUUCUAUAUCGCAGAGCUUAUCUUGGCCAUCCAGCACCUCCACAACAACGACAUUGUUUAUCGUGACUUGAAGCCAGAGAACAUUCUGCUCGACGCAAAUGGUCACAUUGCCCUUUGUGACUUUGGCCUGUCAAAGGCCAAUUUGACAAAGAACGAUACCACCAACACAUUCUGUGGCACAACCGAGUACCUCGCUCCCGAAGUUCUCCUUGACGAGUCAGGAUACACCAAGAUGGUGGAUUUCUGGUCUCUGGGAGUUCUAGUCUUCGAGAUGUGCUGCGGUUGGAGCCCCUUCUAUGCGGAGGAUACCCAACAGAUGUACAAGAACAUCGCCUUUGGCAAGGUCAGAUUUCCUCGGGACACCUUGUCACAGGAGGGUCGCAACUUCGUGAAGGGCCUGCUCAACAGAAACCCCAAGCACAGACUUGGUGCGACGGACGACGCGGAGGAGUUGAAGCGCCACCCAUUCUUUGCCGACAUUGACUGGGACAUCCUGGCAAAGAAGCUCAUCACACCUCCCUUCAAGCCCAAGUUGACCUCUGCCACAGAUGUGUCGUACUUUGACCCCGAGUUCACCAACGCGCUCGAUAACAACGGCUCGCUUAAUGAACGGGCGGCUGCUUUGUCCAAGGGAUUCGCUACAUCGACGCCCCUUUCACCCUCUGUGCAGGCCAACUUCCAGGGCUUCACCUUUGUGGACGAGAGCGCUCUCGACGAUCACAUGAGAGAUAAGGGUCGCUAUGAUGACGAAGAGAUGCGUGAUUCUCACAACCAGGACGAUGACUGGGAUGACCUGGAGGAUAUGAACCAGAGAGGCAAUCGCAUGAGCGGCAUUGUGCGCACAACCACCAACGAAGAGCAGAUGAUUGGUGGUGGUCACUUUGACGUUUAA